AUGGCGGUCGUGUCCCUCAGAUGUUAUUGUGUUUGUUCUUUACUAGCCAUACUGUUUUUGGUUCAGGUGGCUGCUCUCACUGAAAGUAAGGAAGCCAACGUGUUGCGGAGCACAGGGAACUCAACAAAUGCUGGAAUGUUCAACGAAGAAGAAACAGAGUACAAGAACGAGCAUGCAGUGGACGACCCUGAAUUAAUUGCUUCCAUGGUUGAAAUGAGCAUUAAGAACAGCACAGAAAGGAGAAAGUUGAAUUAUUUCUCCAGUGUAACGGGAAACCCGAUUGACGAUUGCUGGAGGAGCGACCGGAACUGGGCAGCCAACCGGAAACGGCUGGCUAAUUGUGCCAUUGGGUUCGGAAGAAACGCCAUCGGCGGCCGUGACGGCAAGUACUACGUUGUAACCGACCCGAGUGACGAUGACGCCGUUAACCCGAGACCCGGGACACUUAGACACGCUGUAAUUCAGGAGGAACCGUUAUGGAUCAUAUUCAAGAGGGACAUGGUGAUUACCUUAAAGCAGGAGCUCUUGAUGAACAGUUUCAAGACGAUUGAUGGCCGUGGUGUUAAUGUUCACAUUGCCGGCGGGGCUUGCAUUGUGGCUCAAUUCGUUACCAAUAUCAUUAUUCAUGGUUUAAGUAUACAUGACUGUAAACCAACUGGUAAUGCCAUGGUUCGAAGCUCCCCAACUCAUUUUGGAUGGAGGACUAUUGCUGAUGGAGAUGGUAUUUCCAUUUUUGGUUCCAGCCACAUUUGGGUUGAUCACAACUCGCUUUCUAACUGCGCCGAUGGCCUCAUUGACGCCGUUAUGGGAUCCACCGCGAUUACCAUCUCUAAUAACUACUUUACUCAUCACAAUGAGGUCAUGCUGUUGGGUCACAGCGACGCCUACGUUAGAGAUAAGCAAAUGCAGGUCACCAUUGCCUACAAUCAUUUUGGAGAAGGAUUGAUUCAGAGGAUGCCAAGGUGUCGACACGGAUACUUCCAUGUGGUAAACAAUGACUACACUCAUUGGGAAAUGUAUGCCAUUGGUGGCAGUGGUGCACCUACCAUUAACAGUCAGGGCAACAGAUAUCUUGCCCCGGUUGAUCCUUUCGCGAAAGAGGUGACUAAAAGAGUUAUGGAAGGUGAAAGUGUUUGGAAACACUGGAACUGGAGAUCAGACGGUGACCUAAUGCUCAACGGAGCCUACUUCACUCCAUCUGGGCGCGGCGCCUCAGCCAGCUAUGCCAGAGCCUCCAGUUUAGCAGCAAAGCCUUCAUCUUUGGUGGGAUCCCUGACCUCGUCUGCAGGUGCUCUUCGUUGCCGGAGAGGAAUGGCAUGUUAG